CAACGCCAGUAGGAGAAGGAAAAACCUACAGCAUUCCUAACAUCAGAUCUGAGGACAGUGGAGAAUACACAUGCCAGAGUCGGAAUGAUCUUGGAGAGAGAAGAUCCACUGAUUUGCAGAUAAAUGUUCUUUAUCCUCCAAAGAGCGUCUCAGUGUCCAUCAGUCCCUCUGGUGAAAUAGUGGAGGGCAGUUCAGUGACUCUGACCUGCAGCAGUGAUGGAAACCCACCUGUGAAGAUGUACACCUGGUUUAAGGGAUCAACGCCAGUAGGAGAAGGAAAAACGUACAGCAUUCCCAACAUCAGAUCUGAGCACAGUGGAGAAUACACAUGCCAGAGUCGGAAUGAUCAUGGACAGAGAAGAUCCACUGCUAUUCACUUAAAUGUUCUUUAUCCGCCAAAGAGGGUCUCAGUGUCCAUCAGUCCCUCUGGUGAAAUAGUGGAGGGCAGCUCAGUGACUCUGACCUGCAGCAGUGAUGCAAACCCACCUGAGAAGAAUAACACCUGGUUUAAGGGAUCAACACCAGUAGGAGAAGGAAAAACCUACAGCAUUCCCAACAUCAGAUCUGAGGACAGUGGAGAAUACACAUGCCAGAGUCGGAAUGAUCUUGGAGACAGAAGAUCCACUGCUUUGCAGAUAAAUGUUCUUUAUCCUCCAAAGAGCGUCUCAGUGUCCAUCAGUCCCUCUGGUGAAAUAGUGGAGGGCAGUUCAGUGACUCUGACCUGCAGCAGUGAUGGAAACCCACCUGUGAAGAUAUACACCUGGUUUAAGGGAUCAACGCCAGUAGGAGAAGGAAAAACCUACAGCAUUCCCAACAUCAGAUCUGAGGACAGUGGAGAAUACACAUGCCAGAGUCGGAAUGAUCUUGGAGAGAGAAGAUCCACUGAUUUGCAGAUAAAUGUUCUUUAUCCUCCAAAGAGCGUCUCAGUGUCCAUCAGUCCCUCUGGUGAAAUAGUGGAGGGCAGUUCAGUGACUCUGACCUGCAGCAGUGAUGGAAACCCACCUGAGAAGAAUAAUACCUGGUUUAAGGGAUCAACACCAGUAGGAGAAGGAAAAACCUACAGCAUUCCCAACAUCAGAUCUGAGGACAGUGGAGAAUACACAUGCCAGAGUCAGAAUGAUCUUGGAGACAGAAGAUCCACUGCUUUGCAGAUAAAUGUUCUUUAUCCUCCAAAGAGCGUCUCAGUGUCCAUCAGUCCCUCUGGUGAAAUAGUGGAGGGCAGUUCAGUGACUCUGACCUGCAGCAGUGAUGGAAACCCACCUGUGAAGAUGUACACCUGGUUUAAGGGAUCAACGCCAGUAGGAGAAGGAAAAACGUACAGCAUUCCCAACAUCAGAUCUGAGCACAGUGGAGAAUACACAUGCCAGAGUCGGAAUGAUCAUGGACAGAGAAGAUCCACUGCUAUUCACUUAAAUGUUCUUUAUCCGCCAAAGAGGGUCUCAGUGUCCAUCAGUCCCUCUGGUGAAAUAGUGGAGGGCAGCUCAGUGACUCUGACCUGCAGCAGUGAUGCAAACCCACCUGAGAAGAAUAACACCUGGUUUAAGGGAUCAACACCAGUAGGAGAAGGAAAAACCUACAGCAUUCCCAACAUCAGAUCUGAGGACAGUGGAGAAUACACAUGCCAGAGUCGGAAUGAUCUUGGAGAGAGAAGAUCCACUGAUUUGCAGAUAAAUGUUCUUUAUCCUCCAAAGAGCGUCUCAGUGUCCAUCAGUCCCUCUGGUGAAAUAGUGGAGGGCAGUUCAGUGACUCUGACCUGCAGCAGUGAUGGAAACCCACCUGAGAAGAAUAAUACCUGGUUGAAGGGAUCAACACCAGUAGGAGAAGGAAAAACCUACAGCAUUCCGAACAUCAGAUCUGAGGACAGUGGAGAAUACACAUGCCAGAUUCGGAAUGAUCUUGGAGACAGAAGAUCCACUGCUUUGCAGAUAAAUGUUCUUUAUCCUCCAAAGAGCGUCUCAGUGUCCAUCAGUCCCUCUGGUGAAAUAGUGGAGGGCAGUUCAGUGACUCUGACCUGCAGCAGUGAUGCAAACCCACCUGAGAAGAUCUUCACCUGGUUUAAGAGAUCAGCAUCAAUAGGAGAAGGAAAAACCUACAGCAUUCCCAACGUCAGAUCUGAGGACAGUGGAGAAUACACAUGCCAGAGUCGGAAUGAUCUUGGAGAGAGAAGAUCCACUGCUUUGCAGAUAAAUGUUCUUUAUCCUCCUAAGAGCGUCUCAGUGUACAUCAGUCCCUCUGGUGAAAUAGUGGAGGGCAGUUCAGUGACUCUGACCUGCAGCAGUGAUGCAAACCCACCUGAGAAGAUCUACACCUGGUUUAAGAGAUCAGCGUCAAUAGGAGAAGGAAAAACCUACAGCAUUCCCAACAUCAGAUCUGAGGACAGUGGAGAAUACACAUGCCAGAGUCGGAAUGAUCUUGGAGAGAGAAGCUCCACUGCUUUGCAGAUAAAUGUUCUUUGCUACCCCGUGAUUCUGUAUGUAGCUCUUGGAGUCGGACUCUGUUUUAUUUUUUUAGUCUGUCUCAUUGCAGUUUUUUGGAGAUUUCGAGGAAGCAUCAAUGAGGCCAUCACCAUCCAUUUCAAAAGCUCUACCAAUCCUGAGUGAGAUUACUUUGAAACAUCUAUGGUGUAAAAUGUGAAACAGUCCGUCUUUAAGUGGACCUUAGAUUUUACCGAUAAAAAUGUUAACCCAAAUGAAUAAGAACAUCUGUAUGAUCUGCUGUAAAUGGUCUUUUCUCUAUGAAAUGCUUUGAGCUGAAAACAUCAUCAUUUUGUUCUGUGAACUGAUUUGAUUUGAAGUUAUUACAAGUUCUUCAAAUCAUCAUUUGCUCAGCAGGAUCGCUCAUUAAAAUGUCAUCAAACAGCAUCCAGCACUCCUUCAAAUGCCAAAUAAAAUCAAUUCUUUACAUUUCAUUUAAACUCUUUGAUAUGACCUGAAUUUCAUCUUUUUGAAAUUGUAAUGUGAUCUUGUAUCAUUAAAUAUAUCAUAUAUCUACAUGAAUAAUUCUUA